AUGAGUACGACAACAACCUCUGUAUCUCUUCCUGAUGGGGUAGCAAGUACAUCAGAAAUAUAUGUAGAAACAUCGGCUUCAGAAGUAAUGACAAAUUGGAUGGCAUCACUAUCUGUUAAAGGUACAUUAACUUCUUCUUCAGGAAUCAACGAAGCAGUAGCGGCGACCUCAGUUUAUAGUGGAAUUAGUAUUUUCGAUUCUAUACUGCCUUCGAACACUAAUAUUAAUGCCACUGUAGUCAUUCCAGCAGCUUCUGCAAGUAAUAGCAACAGAGAUAUUUUACUCACUAUUGAAAGCAGUCAAAAGAAUGGAGUAGCUGAAUUUUCGGUAUCUUCUUCACAACCCCUAGCCAGCAGUUUAAAAGUUGCCAUAUCAACUGCAGAUUCCGUUGCAAACCAUCCAAAUGAUAGUACAACAAAUCUGACUAAUGCCAGGACAUUGCAAGCUGUUUCUACGAGUCUAUCACCUGUUCCUGAAUCAACGAUCAAACAGACAAACAUUUGCUCCAUGUCUUCGAUCAGUUGCCAAUUAUUGCAAAGUCAAAACACCGUAAAUAGCUCUCCACCUUCAAUCUUAUUAACAAACAUACUGACAACAUCAGUCUCUACCCAAGCAAAUGCUAGCAGCAUUGAGGUGACCUAUAUACCAACAACCGUUACUCCCUAUGCAAGCAAUAUCUCCGUAGAAUUUCUAGAUAUUUACAAUCAGAUUUCUAAGAAUCAGACAAGCUUUACAGGCAAGCAAGCCAUUACUAUACUGACUAACCUUCAAAAAGCUCUCGAUACAAAUGGUACUAUUAAUUCAGAUGAUAUAAUUAUUGCACAUCAAGCAUUGUUAAAGCUGAAUUAUCCAGUUAACCUAAACGGAACAUUAAAUCAAACAAAUUAUGCCAAGGUUUAUUUCAGUACUCUUGGCAUUCUAACUUCAAAGCAUAACCUGAAUGCAUGGCGUAAAACUAGUAAGAAAGAUGCAAUAUCCGCAGAUAUUUUGAAUGUAACUGAUAAAGUCUCAAAAGAUGUUGGCCAUGUCUUAGCCGUUAACCAGUCGUUUAUCUUCAAAUCUCCUAACCUGGAUGUGAAUAUUGUCAAAGAGUCAUCAUCUUUAUAUAUCAACUACGGAUUUUCCAUGGAGGCGACGGAUACUACUGAUCAUAAUUCAUUAAUUCAAAAAUAUUCUUUGACAUUACCACCAUCUCAUCUUGCUACAGAAAUAGGUAAUUAG